GGGUUCGCAGGGGGUUGUUUUCGGCUCUGAGGAGGUCCCCGCCCAACCUUCAAAAUUUUGUCCAAAAGCAGACAAGAGGAUCGCCCCGCGCUGAGCCGGCUGGUGGGCAGCAGGAGGCGCCUGAUCGCCGCCGGGGCGCUGGGGGUGGUGAUGGUGCUGCUGCUGGUCAUCCUCAUCCCGGUGCUGGUGAGCUCGGCCGGCACGUCGGCGCACUACGAGAUGCUGGGCACCUGCCGCAUGGUCUGCGACCCCUACGGGGGCACCAAGGCGCCCAGCACGGCCGCCACGCCGGACCGCGGCCUCAUGCAGUCCCUGCCCACCUUCAUCCAGGGCCCCAAAGGCGAGGCCGGCAGGCCCGGGAAGGCGGGCCCGCGUGGGCCUCCCGGUGAGCCCGGGCCGCCGGGCCCCGUGGGCCCCCCGGGCGAGAAGGGCGAGCCCGGCCGCCAAGGCCUGCCGGGCCCGCCCGGGGCGCCCGGCCUGAACGCGGCUGGGGCCAUCAGCGCCGCCACCUACAGCACGGUGCCCAAGAUCGCCUUCUACGCCGGCCUCAAGCGGCAGCACGAAGGCUACGAGGUGCUCAAGUUCGACGACGUGGUCACCAACCUCGGUAACCACUACGAUCCCACCACGGGCAAGUUCACCUGCUCCAUCCCGGGCAUCUACUUCUUCACCUACCACGUCCUGAUGCGCGGAGGGGACGGCACCAGCAUGUGGGCUGAUCUCUGCAAAAACAACCAGGUGCGGGCUAGUGCUAUUGCCCAAGAUGCUGAUCAGAAUUACGACUACGCCAGUAACAGUGUGGUUCUCCAUUUGGAGCCAGGAGAUGAAGUCUACAUCAAAUUAGAUGGCGGGAAAGCCCAUGGAGGAAACAACAAUAAAUACAGCACAUUUUCUGGAUUUAUCAUUUAUGCUGACUGAUAACACAGAAACUAAGCUUCUUAGUCUGAGUUUGGACACUGGAUUCGUAUGGCUAACGUCAGUGAAUCAAGGAUCCCAGGGGAUGCCAGUUGCGGGGCACCUCAGUUGUGUAUAUGUGGGGAAUUCAAAUGCUACCUGACUCACAUCUGUAUACUCAGAAACAUGAUGUAAAAAAAUAUUAAAGGCAAGAUAAGCAGAUGUGUGAUUCUCUACCGCCAAAGCAAAUACUCCUUAUCGUUAGUGUCCGUGUGAAUGAAGUCCUCUAUAGAUCACAAAUUUUUAUAGAAAAAUCUAAGACACUGAAUUAUUUCUUCAAUAUAUAUGAUCCUUUGGUGUACUGUGAUCUUGCUGCUUUUAUCCAUGUCAGCUUUGGUUCUUGUGAGUUUAUCUGCUUAUUAUGAUACCUGGAGUCCAUUCCUAGGGUGGGGAAGAAGGAUUUUACCCUGCAGGAGAAUGUCUGAUUGAAAUAAUGCUGCUUGUCCCCAAAGAAAUCGUUUGCCUUGUACUCUUGUUAACUUUAGAGCUAGACCUGGGAAUGAUUCAACUUCAAGCCUUAACCUGGAAUUUUCUGGAUUUGAGGGAAUUCCCAAGCAUAUGAUCAUUUUCACAUUUUCUUUUUCUUAUGAAUUUUCUUUUCUCUUUUUUCUGGUGAUAGUCUUUAAAAAUAGAGGUUGAAAUUGUAUCAUAGGAUUACCCUCUCAGUGUGAAAAUGUGUAAUUAUGUAUGGUAUUUAGAAAAUCCCCUAUGUGUCCAUUUUGUCAGUGGAAUGCGUUUAGAUUUACUCGGAAAGUCAGAGAAAUUUAUUCUUUGGUCUUAAAUCAGACUGAGGCUUUUGCUUUCUUUGGAACAAAAGAUUAUUCAUAACCCAAUGCACAAAGGUUUAAUUUGAGCUAAUGCAUGCGUCACCAAGGGGACACUAAGUAAGGUCUUCAAACAGUUACUACAAGUUGUGGCCUGAGGUUAUUUCAAGAUGAACAAUUUCACAUAUAAACAAUAUGACAACAAAGUGUAUAUAUUUUAUACAAAUACCUGCUACAUAUAUAUGUGUAUAUAUAUAUAUAUAUAUGUUAGAUGAAAUAUAAUAUAUAAAUGGCUUCAGACCAUAGGCACAGUGGCUGUAUAGCCUCAAAAAUUUAAUUAAA